UGGCCCCUUCCACGUGACGUCAUCUCGGCGGCCCCGCCCGGCGCAGCGGGAGAGGUCCCGCCAUGGCCGACGAGUCGGGUUUUGUGGCCGAAGGGGCCGGCGCGGAGGAAGACCCGGCCGCCGCUUUCCUGGCCCUGCAGGAGAGCGAGAUCGCGGGCAUCGAGAACGACGAAGGCUUCGGGCCGGCGGACAGCGAGGCGGGCGGCGCCCCGGGCGGGCAGGCUGCGGAGCCGGCUGGUUUCCAGAAUGGAGGAGCCACUGUCAAUGGAGAUGUCUUUCAGGAGUCCAAUGGCCCCACGGAUGCCUAUGCAGCCAUAGCCAAGGCUGACCGGUUGACCCAGGAACCUGAGAGUAUCCGCAAGUGGAGGGAGGAGCAGAAGAAGCGCCUGGAGGAGCUGGAUGCGGCAUCGAAGGUGGCUGAGCAGGAAUGGCGUGAGAAAGCCAAGAAGGACCUGGAGGAGUGGAACCUGCGUCAGAGUGAGCAGGUGGAGAAGAACAGGGCAAACAACAGGAUCGCUGACAAAGCCUUUUACCAGCAGCCGGACGCCGAUGUGAUUGGCUACGUGGCUUCAGAGGAAGCAUUCCUGAAGGAGUCCAAGGAGGAAACCCCGGGCUCUGAGUGGGAGAAGGUGGCCCAGCUCUGUGAUUUCAACCCCAAGAGCAGCAAGCAGAGCAAGGAUGUGUCACGGAUGCGCUCGGUGCUCAUCUCCCUCAAACAGACACCCCUGUCCCGCUAGCUGGCACAGCCGGGAGCGCAGCAGGGAAGGCCAGGCUCUCAGAGCUGGGCGGCUUCCUGGGGCCAGCCCAAGAGGAGCCUCGCCCUGCCCACUUCCUGGUGUGCACCUCGGCUGUGCUUGAGUUGUAACUCUCCCCAUGGUUUUCCUUUGCUUAAAAGGUGCAUCGGUCUCUUUCUACACUUAUUUAUUACUGUGGCAUUUCCCUGGGAAGCGACAUUGGGAGGCAGAGCUGAAUGAGCAGGGGAGCCCCUGGCCUGGGCUCUGGGAAGUUGUGCCCAGGGCACCAGCUCAGCGAGAGGAGAACCCCCCACCCCGUGUUCCCCACCUCAGCCCUGUGCCAGGAAUAAACCUGCCUGCAGCUCUCCUGGCGCUGGGCACCAGCAGGCAGGGCAGCCGUGUGCCUUGGGCUGGCUCCUGGCCCCAGGGCAGCGAUCCUAGUGGGACCCCUGACUCCCACAGCCUUUCUGGUGUGUUUUAGAGCAGAGCUGGCUGUGGGUGGUGGGAGGAACAGCCCUGACUCAGCACUGCACCAGUAGGUUCUGCAGGGAGCACGGCCAUGGCGUGAUGCUGCCAGGCUAGCAGGGACUGAGGAAUGUGAGGGCAGGCACCCAGGCUGGUGCAGGAAUGCCAGUGGUUGCCCCAGGCCCAGCAGAACUCUCUGCAGCCUGGCUGCACACCCCAAAAAGCUGGUGGGGCUCGAAGCAGCAGCUGUAGUGUCCAUGUCCUAUCUGUCCUGCGGGGCUGCUGGUGCCAGGCACUGGGGUGGUGCAGGGCACUGGGAAGGGGCCAUGGAGUGAGCGUGCAGGAUGUUUUCUGUCCCUCUCCUGUGGCCACCAGCAGUGGGGACUGGGGUGCCCGGCUUCUGGGGCCCUCGGCUCUACACUGCUCCUCCCCCUGCUACCAGGAGGGGAGAAGGAGGCUGGGUGGUUGCAGGGAAGCAGGUAGGAAGGUCCAGCUGCAGAUUGAGCCUCCAGCUUCCUAACCCAGAGGCCCAGACCAGGAUUGGGCAGUUCUGGUGCUGGGGCUUGUUCUGUUCCGGGGAACAACCUACACAUCUGUCUGCAGCUUCUCAGUGGCUUCUCGGCUCCCUGCUGAAUUUGUACACCUAAAGCAGCCUCGGGAGUUGCCUCAGUCCCACUCCCUGCCCAGCAAGGUGCAUGUUUACCAGCCCGAACACUGGCUUUCUCUCUUCUGCUUGGCAGGGCCAGCAUCAGCCCCUCCAGUUUGGAGGCUGGGCCCGGUAAACCUGCAAAAGUUGCACAUAGCAGGAGAGAAGUGGGCCUGCACAUCCCUGCUGUGGGGCAGCUCAGAGCUUAUGCCCUGGGUCUGGCUUGCUCAGAGCUUGGAAAGGGCUCACAGCUGCAGGCUGGGGAGAUGUGGAGCAGAGCUCACAAAAUGUUUGUCCAAGCCUCACUGCAGAGCCCUGCUCAGCUAAAAAGCAAGUGUGCAGAGCUCUCCUGCCCUGCAGCUAUGGCUCCACAAGUCUGUUCUGUUCCUGCAGCCCUCAUGGGGUGACCAGGCACGCCUCGCUCUGGGGCAUGGGCUAACAGUGGGCUGGAAAGGGACAUGGGUGCGCAUGGAUUUACUUGGUGUUGUGUGCUGGGUUUGUGCCCCCGUGUCCAUAGGGCUGAUUGCUCCUACUCUGACCCUCUGCACUCCAGCAUGCGUAGGCAGCUCUGCUGUGGUGCAGGAAGGCCACUGAUACUUUGGGACUCGUCUGCCUGCCUCUGCCUUUCACUGCAGAGCAGCGGGAAGUGCCUCUGGCUGCUUCCUGGGUGCAGGGAGCCCCUCUGCACUCUGCCCCCCAGCGCAUGCAGGCAGUUGGGCCCGUGUCCCCAGCUGCCAUGUGCCCUGUGUCAGGCAGGGGCAGCCAGCUCCCAGGCGCUGUGCCCACAGCUGUUCUACAUCCCCUCGGCUUUGGUAUCUGUGACUGUUCCAAUCACCUGUUACAAUAAACUGACAUCUCCAA